AUGAAUUCAUUUACCUCUGUUAAUGUAAUCGAUAAAAUACAACAAAAAAUAGAAUGUAUUGAUACAUGGGAGUUUAGAGGUGUAAAGAGACUUUUACUUGGUACUUAUGAAGGUUAUGUAUUGAUAUAUGAGGUCACUGAAAGACCAAAUGUAUCAAUUAAACUUGUUGAUACAAAACAAUUAUCAAGAAAACCAAUUCAACAAAUGACAGUAUUGGAACCAUACAAUAUGUUGGUGAUCUUGACAGAUGGUGAUCUCAAAGUAUUUGAUUUGGUGAAUGGAUUUUCACAAAGAACACCAUUGACCAAGGCAAAGGGAUGCAAUGUGUAUGCCGUCGCUCAAAACGGAUCUUCACUCAGUCUCUGUGCAGCUGUCAAGAAAAAGUUGAUGUUGUACAAUUGGGAUGGCACUGAUUUCCUCGAGUCUAAAGAGUUUAACAUACCAGAUAUCACCAAAGCAUUGGAUUAUCGUGGCGACUCGAUUGUCGUUUGUUUCAAAAAGGCUUAUAAUAUUAUCAACACCAUCGAUGGUAGUGUUCACAAUGUUGAUACUGAAAAAAUAUCAUUUGCUACCUUUUUCCAAAACAAUGAAUUUUUAAUUGUAAAGAAUAAUAUGUCAUUCUUUAUAAAUACAGAUGCAGUACCGACAAGAAAAUAUGCAUUAACAUGGUCAGAUUCACCAACCAAUUUGACGAUUUACUAUCCAUUUGUACUUUCGAUUGAAGCACGUCAAGUGGAGAUUCAGAUUGUUCCAGAGUCCAAGACAAACUCCAAGGCCAUUUCACAGACACUCUUUAUUAAUGGUGGUAAGGCGAUCACGUCGAAAAAGGAUAUCUACGUGGCCUCCAACUCUACCGUGUGGAGACUUGUACAGGUUCCCAUCCUCGAACUGGUCGAUCAGUUGGUCACCAACUCAGAGUUUGAAACAGCCAUCAACGUACUCACAAAUUCACCAGACACUUUGCCAGGCAAGCGCGACAAGUUGUCCAAGAUCAAAAUCUCGGCUGCCUAUCAUCAAUUCUCAAGAGAGCAAUACAUCAGUGCUAUGGAACUCUUCCUCAGUGCUUCAUUUGAUCCUCUCAAAGUCAUUUCACUCUUUCCUGGUUUCCUUCCACAACUUCUUCAAGAAAAACUUUCAGUUCCAAUUCAAACAAAAGAUCUUGAAAAAAAUGAAGAUGCAUUGGGAGCAUUGGAUGCAUUUUUAGUUAGUAUUAGAAAAGAAUUACAGAAACCAGAUAGACCACCAUAUAAUUUAAAUCCACCUGAAUUACACAACUCUGGUUAUGAUCUUCCAACAUUGAUUGAUACCACUUUGCUCAAAGUCUAUAUCAAAUUAAAACCAAAUUUGAUAUCAGUCUUUUUCAAUCUCAAAAACAGUUUACACAUUGAAGAGACUCAACGAGUGUUGAUUGAAGAAAAGAAGUUUACAGAACUCGUUACAUUCUAUCAAUCCAAAGCUAUGCAUCGUGAGGCUCUUUCAUUGUUGGUCAAGAAUAGUGGACCAAAGGAAACCAUUGCCUAUCUCUGUACAUUAGGAAAACAACAUAUAACCAUUAUUUUGGAACAAUCUAAAUGGGUACUUCAAUCUUGUCCUGAUGAAGCUUUAUUAAUUUUCACAACUGAAAGAAAAGAAAAAGAUGAAUUACCACCUGAUCAAGUUAUUCCACAUAUUAGUGCUCAUGCACGUUCAUUGUUGAUGGAAUAUUUGGAAUGUAUUAUUAAUAAUCCUAUUCAUCCAGACAAAACCCCUGAUUUCCACAAUGCACUCAUUUUCGAAUAUCUCACCAAGAUCAACACCUUUAUUAGACAUUCACCAGCUCCAAGAGCUCAAGAAACACCUGCUGCCUCUGAAUUGGGCAAUCUUCGUGAAAUUAGAUUAAAGUUGAUCAACUUUUUACAAACUUCUAAAUUUUAUCUACCAGAAAAAAUGUUAUCAAGAUUCCCUGUUGAUGAUUUAUUUGAAGAAAGAGCCAUUUUAUUAAGUAAGAUUGGUAGACAUGAACAAGCAUUGGCAAUUUAUGCACAUAAACUUAAAAACUUUAAGAUGGCAGAGGAAUAUUGCGAUAGAGUAUAUAAUCGUGAUAGUCAAGACUCGAGAGAUGUCUAUCUCAACCUUUUAAAUGUAUAUUUGAAACCUGAAGGAACCGAUUCCAAACCACUGAUUGGACCAGCACUUGCUCUACUCAACAAACACUAUCGAUCAAUCAACACUCCAAACGCACUCGGCUUGUUGCCUCUUGAAACCUCCAUCAAAGAACUCUAUCCAUUUUUCGAAUCUGUCAUUCGUGACAAUACCAAAACAAAAAGAGAUAAUCAAGUUAUUAAAAAUUUAUUUAAAGCUGAAAAUGUAAAGAUUAAAGAGGAAUUAAUUCAUUUAAGAUCAGGUGUAAUUAAAAUUACAGAUGAUUUAAUUUGUCCUUAUUGCAAUAAGAGAUUUGUUGGUACAAAUGCAUUUGCUGCUACUCCAAGUGGUACUGCAAUUCAUUAUGUUUGUUUCCAAAACCAACAAAAUCAAAAGAAUUUAAUGAAUGGGUCAAAUAAUAAUGCAAACAAUUUCCAACCUGGAUCGUAUGAAUACUAA